AUGGACAAACCUAUAAAACCUAAAGGCUCUCCGCAAGGAGAGACCGCUAUGCCAGGCUCUCAAGUGGGGACUGACGUGUCAGGCUCCUCAAAAGAGGGGACCUCACAAGGACCCACAAAGAGGACAGGCAAUACCGCUUCCGGGACUCGUAAGAGUAACAGAAGCGGCGCAGCUAAGUCUAGAGCCAGGAGGCUCAGGCUCAAGGCACAGUCCAUGGGCCCGGGCUCUGGCGAAGGCCAAACGCCUGCUUCGGCGCAGGGGGGGCCUAAGGAUCUGGGACGAAACGUAACAGAUCUGAGGGAAGCACCCCUGAGUCGAAGGGGGCAAGGACGCUGGCAAAGAGGCCCAAGGCUUCCGGAGUUAAAUCGGGAGGCCAAGGGACUGCUUCGUAAAGCGCCGCAACGUUUGCUGGUUUCGGGAGCAGAGCAAAACCACGCCCACAUUGAUCUGAUGGGAGAAGAUCGAUUCCCACAGUUUGAGCAGUUUCGCUGGUCGUCGCAGGGAACCAUCACGGUUAAAUGCGGGGACCAGUGGACGUUGGACUGGCUGGAGGGGAUCAUCUCCUCGAUCAUACCAUGGAAAGGGGCAUCACUGCGCGUGCAGCGGUACAUUCCCAGGGCAAUUAAGAUGGUUGCAGCUGUCCAAGGUCUCCCAGACGACACCCCCACCAUCCUUAAGCGAGUCCACAGACAGAAUCCUGGUCUUAGGACAAAUCUGUGGAGGACGUAUCAUCGAAAAGAGGGGAAGAACAGGGUUCUCCUGGUUUUUGGAGUAGACGAGGCUUCAGCCGAGGUCUUGCAGCGACAAAAAGACGGCUCCAGCCGAGGAGGGAAGCCCGAACCCUAUCCGACAGCAACACUGGGCAAGGAGAUGGCCGAACUCAUGGCUCAGGUGGAUGUAGAGGAUACUCCACCAGGGACAAGAGCUGGACCAUCCCUAACCUAG